ACAGAAUCCCUCAGUUAGCGUCGUUAGCAAAUAACAGUCUUCUGCCGUUACAUUGCUUAGUUGUUACUGGAUGACUGGCUAGUUAAAUGAGCGAAUACUUACGUUGUACUGUUCACGGAUCCACGGCACGGUUGUCCUGAUCUCGUGUCGCAGUUGCCAACUGUCUUGUCUUGAUUGAGUUCAUGGAUUACAUCUGGCGUUAAGUGGACAUUAGCCUGUCUUUUGCCGUAGCUAAAUUAGCUUAAGCUAGCGUGACUAACGUGUGUUACGUUCGCAGGAGAGCGCUCUGACUUGGAGGAAGGAAGGAAGGAAACUGAUAAGUAGGAUCACUGCGCACCGUUGCUUGUGCAAAGCUAGCGCAGUUUUUGGACUACCGAGUUCACACCGUGACGCAUUUAGAAAAGGUGACUAUUUAUGCACCCUGUGUGACAUUUAACACUAUUUUGUUAAUAAGAUAUGCUGUUAGUUGGCGUAGCUAGCUGUCAACAACAGUCCUCCCGGCUAGGUGUACAGCGGACAAGAGCUAGCACGCUAGCCUCAAACUUUUAAAGAAGUUGUGUAAGCCAGAUUUAGCCAUCUGACUGAUUUAGGUAACUAGCAAACGGGUCUUUUAAACGUCUCAUCGGGGCACUCUUUUCGCUCUGAUCCGCUCCAGCGACAGGACAAACUUAUGGCAACGGAUGUGAUUGAGAGUGAAGCUGUGCCUAAGGGUGUAAGUGAUAUGAAUUUGAACAAUAGCAGCUCAGAUUUUGUCACACCCAGGAGGACUCACGAGGAGCUGGGAAACAGACAAACUUCUAGUCCUUCAUCUUCUGGAGUGUCGGGAGAGGGUGACGAGGAGGAAUUAGAUGAGUUACAAAAUAGCACAGCGUCCACUGUUGAAAAUAGCGAAGAGGCACUUCAAGAGAGUCUAACCAAAACAAGAGGUACGCCACAGGAAAGGACAACUCCAGACAAUGAGCAGAAACAGCCGGGAGCAAGAAGCUCUACCCCAGUGAGCCUGCCCCAGCCACGCUCACCAUCUGGACCCAUUGGAAGCCUUGAGCGCCAGGAGUCAGUCGCCACAACAGAAGCCCGUCUGAGAAUGGAAGGAGUUGAACUUAAGGAAGAGUGGCAGGAUGAGGACUUUCCACGGCCCCUGCCAGAGGAGGAGGAGCUUGAAGAUGAGCUUUUUGCCGGGACCUCUGAAGAGGGAGACCCUGGUUAUGUAAUGGACCAUGGCAAGAAGGCAAAGAAAAAGCUUGCAGCUCCAGAAAUCAGUCUGACGCUCGACCGUAGUGAAGGUUCUCUUCUCUCUGAUGAGCUGGAUGAAAGUACAGAGCUUGACCUCGAUGACAUCGACACCCCCUCAGACAACAGCAAUGAGUUUGAAUGGGAAGACGACCUUCCUAAGCCGAAAACCACAGAACUACUACAGAAAGGCGUGGAGUCGGUCCAGGAGUACUCAGCCUUGGAGGAGAGGGAGGAGGGUCGACGCUGGAGGGUGUUUCGCAUCGGAGACCAGGAACAUAGGGUGGACAUGAAGGCCAUUGAACCUUACAAGCGGGUUAUCAGCCACGGAGGUUACUAUGGAGACGGUUUGAAUGCCAUAAUUGUGUUUGCUGUGUGCUUUAUGCCCGAGAGCAAUCAACCAAAUUACAGAUACAUCAUGGACAAUUUAUUCAAGUAUGUCAUCGGCACACUGGAGCUUUUGGUCGCUGAGAACUAUAUGAUUGUGUAUUUGAAUGGGGCGACCUCUCGGAAAAAGAUGCCAACUGUCGGCUGGCUCAGAAAGUGUUAUCAGCAGAUUGAUAGGAGGUUAAGGAAGAACUUGAAGUCUUUGAUAAUUGUCCAUCCUUCUUGGUUUAUUCGCACCCUGCUGGCACUCACAAAACCUUUCAUAAGCUCCAAAUUUAGUCAGAAAAUCAAGUAUGUGUACAGCUUGGCAGACCUCGCAGAGUUGGUUCCAAUGGAGUAUGUGUCCAUACCAGAUUGUAUCAAACAGUUUGACGACGAAAAAAAUAGGAAAAGCCGUAAAAGGAUCGACCAGGACAUGCACGGCAAAGUGGAGGUCGCAGCUGCUGCUGUUCCAGAGUGACCACCCCACCCCCAGCUCACAAUCAAAGACGUGGAGGAGGACGAUGAAGAAUGUUUAAAGAACCGCAGCCACUCUUUAUGUUCUGCACGACGUGACUGGAGACUUAGCUCUGUGUAUCAGGAAAGUGCCUUUUUGAAACUAUGCUGCCUGUUACAUUGUGGAACUUCUUUUUUGCUGUAUUUUCUGUGUCAAGCAGCUUGAUCUUCAGCAUUUUUUCCCACAUGCUGUCGGAAACAUUUUUAAUCCUUUUUAUUUACUGCUGGUAUAUCAUGUCAGACUUAGUUUAUUGGUGUUCCCUAGUUACUGUUGUAUCUACACGUUAUUUAAGGCACUCUUGUUACAAAGGGUUGAUGCAUGCUCUGCUUUAUUACAUUUAAAUAUAUAUUUAUAUUCAAAAGGUGACAAAGGAGAGAAAUUAAUAUAUUUUUAUGGUUGCUCUGAUUUUAAACUGCAUUUUAGGUCUCUGACCCACUGAGUGGCAUUUCAUAGAACAAGUUCUGAUGGCACCUUUUUCACUGUUCACUGCUGACGUUCUCUGUUAAAAUCCUGCCUGGGGAAAAUAAAGUUUCUUUUUUUUGCCCCUCACUUGAACGUGCCCCCUGACUUGUGGAGGAAGAACAUUUGUUGAGAGCUACAGUCUGAAGCUAAAAUGUAAGUCUUAAUGUAACAUUAUUUCCUCCAAGUCAAGUCAUGGGCUAAAAUAAUCCUGUUUAUUCUCAGCCAGCAAAUUUGGUUCUCUGAGCACACUUUGAGAGUUGAUUUGUUAAUCCUGGAUGAAGUUAUCUUGAAUUACACGAAACUCUUUAUUUUGACAUAAGAGCAAAGUUAGUGUAGAGUUAAGACCAUGAUCAGCAUUUAUAUGAUUGGUUGAUUGCAGCUACAUCAAGUAGGUGUGUUGGGUGGCGGUUGCCAGUGGACAUGAAAGAGAGUUUUAAGUGAUAAAAAUAAGCUCGCCAUUAAAAUUAAACCUUGCUGAAAUUUCUUAAAAAGCAGUUUUAAUGGACAGGGACAGUUUUCAAGAAAGUGCAGCCUGUAGCUAAUUGUUUUUUAGCAUCCAAAAUGGCAAAUUCUUAUUAUAAGUCAAAUUAAAUUCCCCAUAUUCUGGCUCCUUUUGGCUUUUAACAGUAAGAAUCCAGCUGAGAUUAAUUAUUUUUGAUCAUUACUGUAUCAAGCUAUAUUUUGUUGUAUAUUUUUAUCAUGCAUACCUAUGUGUACCUAUCAUGUAAGUAGGUGUUAUGAAAAUUUAAUUGUGGUAAUUGCACCAACAGAUCAUAAAGAUUUCUCAAUUCUC